GUGACUUUAGACCGAUUUGUUUACCUUUACCUGGUGUUUAGCCCUAGAGGAAAACAAGAAAAGUGGGACGGUAAAACAGUUAUUAUUUUGUGAUUAAAAUUUUUAACGAUUCGUUUAAUUAUGUGAUUGUGAAGUGAUUUGGAAUUUGCGCGGAAUCAAAUUGAAUAUGCAGGAGCACAAAUCGUUUUUAAUCAAGGACCUUUUGAGCGAUAUUAUUGCUAGUACGAAUUCGGAUGAAACCUACCAGGAUUCGGACGCCGAUUCGUCUGACUUCAACCGAGGCGAAGAAGACGCCGAUGUGGAGAUGCCAGGAGAGCGCGGAUCGCCGCGUACCGCCUUCGAGAGCGGCGCGACGCCUUCGGCGCCGUUCCACGGCGGCGGCGAGCCGUCGGACGGCGGCAAGAACCGGAAGCCGCGCCGCCGUCGGACGGCGUUCACGCACGCGCAGCUGGCCUAUCUGGAGCGGAAGUUCCGCUGCCAGAAGUACCUCUCGGUUGCCGACAGGAGCGACGUCGCCGACGCUUUGAAUCUGAGCGAGACCCAGGUGAAGACCUGGUAUCAAAACAGAAGGACGAAAUGGAAGCGGCAGAACCAGCUGCGCCUGGAGCAGCUUCGGCACCAAGCUUCGGUGGAGAAAGAGCUGCUCAGCAGCGCGGCGAUGCGAAAAUCGGCCGGAGAGGCGGCUAGCUGUUGUCCCCCUCCGGCGGGGCUUCCCAGGUACACGGCGCAGUCGCCUUGCAGCUUUCUGACGUCCGCAGCUGCGGCUAUUUUCCAUAAUGUUACUUACGUGCAUGGGUGUCAGCUGUAGGAAUUAUUCGGUUUAUUCGUUGGGCUGGUGUUGAUUGUACUUUUUGAUUGAUUUGGGUGGAGUUGUUAUUAAUGCACAGAUGAAUUUAUGUGAUAGAGAAAUUCUGAAUAAACUAUUCAGAAAGAAAAGAAAAGUCGAUGAUUACUGGUCAAUCUGAUUGGUUAUUUAAUACACAUAUUCAAAAAUGAUCAUAGUUUUAUCUGAGCAAUGAUAAGGUAAUUUUUUUAUUGUCCAACUCUCGAUUAUUUAUUAUUUCUUCUGUUGAUUUUAUUCAAUGGAUAAUUAUUUAGCUGUUGAUAGGUAUUUCUAUUUAUUUAAAAAUAUUGUCGAAUUAUUUCAAUUCUAUAUAUUGUAGAAUUGAUAUAAUAAUUUUGGACUUUAAUGUGUAGUUCAUGUUGUUAUAUUGCAUUAGAUAGUUACAUAGGAUUUCGAAAUUUUCUAAAUUCUCUAAUCGAUACCUAAUAGUCAUUAAUAAUGUAUGUAUAGAAGAAUUCUAGUCAAAAAUGUAUUUUUUGUGCAUACCGCGUACGUG